CCGUCCACUGAGGACCACCUCAGCAGUGACUCUGAGGGAGCUCUGCCGGUGUCGGUGUCGGGCAGCUACGCCGAGGCCCGGGCCCCCCCCUCCUCAGGCCACAUCAAGAGGCCCAUGAACGCCUUUAUGGUCUGGGCCAAGGACGAGCGGAGGAGGAUCCUGCAGGCCUUCCCCGACAUGCACAACUCCUCCAUCAGCAAGAUCCUGGGCUCCAGAUGGAAGGCCAUGUCCAACCAAGAGAAGCAGCCGUACUACGAGGAGCAGGCCAGGCUGAGCCGCCAGCACCUGGAGCGUUACCCCGACUACAAGUACAAACCUCGACCCAAGCGGACCUGCAUCGUGGAAGGACGGAGGCUGAGAGUGGGGGUACAAGGC